AUGGUGACGGAUUCUUGCCAUAUCAUCGUUCUCCUGACACAUUGUCUGUUCGCACGAGCUGUGAUAAGUUCCAACAGCACAAGCGGUAUCCCGAUAUUUGACUGUGCGGUUGAUGGCGGUUGUCUAAAUGGAGGAACUUGUGUGUACCUUGUGUGUCUGUGUCAGAAUAAUUUCCGGGGAGAUCGUUGUGAAUUCAGUACCUUGUUGCCAAACUGUGCGAAUGACUCUGAUUGUAAUUUUCAAGGAUCUUGUGUAGAUGGAUUCUGCCAGUGCGAUGUGGGUUACCAUGGAAACUUUUGUCAACACUACGAAUAUCACGAUAUCAGCUCAAAUUGGUCUGACGUUGAAGUGGAUUACGACAACUAUACCUCACGAGUGAUAGUAGUAGCAGCAGUUGUAUCAACGUUAUCGCUCAUCGGAGUGUGUCUUUGUUGUGUGUGCGUUGCAAUGAAAAGCCAACCACGGGGAGAUCGUCCUCCGAACACAGUUGUCACAGAGGGAGAACGAAGAAAUGUACCGAGGUACGCAUAUCGGCCAUCGUGGUAUGGGCCAUUUGAAAACCGCCGUCUUUCCAGCAUAUCUGAUUCAUUGGUGCUUCCAGACGGUCGACGAGUUCAUAUACCGAGUUACCCAGACGGGAACAGUAAUGAUGGAGAUUCCUACUCGCUCUCGCAAUAUCGACCGAAUCCCGACCAGCCGCCGGAUUAUAGCAGACUGUCCCUGCACCGUCAGAACAGCGCGGCUAGCAGUGUGCCGGAAACACCGCCGCCAACGUACGAGGCUGCCUUGAAUCUACGAUUCAAAUUCAAGGACGGGGAUAUUUCUCAAAUUCAACCACUCGAAGAGGUGCCUGAAGAUGAUGAAGUGUUUUUACCUUCAGACGCCUCCCGCGAGAUUAGGACGAGAGUUGAAACUGAUGUAUGA